GCCCAGCCUCGGCUCUUCCGGGUGUGGGUGUGGACUCGGAUGACUUCAGCAAUAAUGGAGGAGAAUCUGCCCUGCUUUUAGAAAACUGUUUGCUUUUCGACUCCUGUUUUUAAUUUCCCUGGUCCUGGAGCUGGAAUGCUGUGUCAGGAUGGGAAACCUGUUUGGAAAAAAGAAACAGUCGCGGGUGACGGAGCAAGAUAAAGCCAUCCUGCAACUGAAGCAGCAGAGAGACAAGCUGAGGCAGUACCAGAAGAAGAUCACCCUGCAGCUGGAGAAGGAGAGACAGCUGGCCAGACAGCUGCUCAAAGAUGGCAGGAAGGAGAAAGCCCUCCUCCUGCUGAAGAAGAAGCGAUACCAGGAGCAGCUCCUGGACAAGACGGAGAACCAGAUCAGCAAUCUGGAGCGAAUGGUCCAGGACCUGGAGUUUGUUCAGAUUGAGAGGAAAGUCAUUGACGGGCUGAAAGUUGGAAACGAGUGUCUGAAGAAAAUGCAUGAGGCGAUGUCGAUUGAAGAUGUAGAGAGGAUCAUGGAUGAAACACAAGAUGCCAUCGAGUACCAGAGGCAAAUCGACGACAUGCUGGCCGGUUCCUUGUCGCAGGAGGAUGAGGAUGCUGUUCUGGCUGAGCUGGAAGCCAUCACUCAGGAAGACGUCAAGCUUCCCGAGGUUCCUUCAGAGCCGCUGCCAGACGUCCCUAAGGCUGCCGAGAAGACACCAGUUUCAGAGAACGAUCGUCCCAGGAAGAAGCCGGAGCGCGAGCUGCUUGCCUUGUAGGAACAGAGCCGACCUCCGUCGCAAACCAACAACCCCGCACACGUUUAGCGGCCGAUGUUUUUUCUACCUUACAGGCCUGUGGCGGCUCGCAGGCAACCCGUCUGACGGGCCGGUUGUCUUCGUCUGCUGCAGGUCAGUUCUGAUAGGCUGGACCGGUUCACCUGCAGCGCCUUGUGAGCCUCGAAGACCCGUGAGAUCACGUAAUUGUGCCUAACCUGUUUAAGCCGUGCAUCAUGUUUACUACGAAGUCAUUUUAAUCAAUGCAAUGCAUGUACACCAUAUGUAACUACUUUAUUCUGUUUAAGUGAUCUGUGGAUGAGAGUCCAGCGCUGACAGGAUCACUUCAUCCAAAUUGCUGAAGAAAACACGUGAACUCUCAGUCAUCCUUGUUUUAUCCUGCCACGCUCUGGUUUUAUCUGAAUUUUCAGGUUGUUUGAAGAUUUAAUCCAUGGACAGCUUAACGCCUGACAGCUUGUUGUUUUGUCUGCUGCAAGAAAAAUAUGUUUUUUUGUGAUUAUUGAGUGUGCAUCAGGACUGCGUGAGAACAUGUUUUCUUUCUAAUUUGGGUGAAGUGAACCUUUAAUCCCGGGAUAAUAAAACAGAAACUCUGCUCUCGCUUUGUGGCGAGUUUCUUCCCUCAUCUUAAAAGUAUUUUCUGAAAUUUAGCGUUUCUCACUCUGACGCUCCUCAAGAAGAUUACCUAAUCUACCAUGUGUUCCCCUCGUAGAUCAGCUCAGCCUCAUAGGGAAAAGGCUCGGCAUAUCUCAUGCUGAUUAACCUUAAAUACAGAGUAUUUUCAACACUGUGGUUAUUUUUCCCUGUCUAUGACACAUGCUUUUGAUCUGCAGCGGGAAGUGUUGUCUGUAUCCACAAGGCUUAAGGUUGAACAUCGCUGAAGAUCAGUGGGACUAAACUGUAAAUCAAUUAACCACUCGUGACGACUAAUCCUGUCAGACGGCAUCAUCAAAGCGAUUGUCUUAAAGUUGGGUUGGGAAUUUCUGUAAAUUUUUUGCCAAUAAAAAGUGUUUUUAUUGUUAAA